UUGUAUAAUCAAUCGGACAUUUGAUCAGUUUUCAUGAUGUGGCAAGACAGUAGCUUUGGUGUCAAGCUAGUGACAGACAGUUCGCUGACAAACCACGUCAGUGAUUAAAACGCUAUUCUACUCGACGCUAUUCGAUUUCUAUUCAUAACGAAAUAUUCAGAGCCAGUCGUAAAAAAAAAAAGCUCCGGCGCAUCUCGCCCCGCCCGUUUUCCGUGACGUCACACCAACCCAGCGCCGCGUCCGGUGGUUGCCGUGACGACGACGUGAGCCUUGUGUAACGUUUAAAUGUAUAUGCGCUUCCUUCGCCGCAUGCCUUCUGCGCCCCAUGCCCGGCUGACCUAACGCUCUGUCGGUCUGUCGGUCUGUCUGUCGGUCGGUCGGUUUACCAGGCCCACGGAACACUAACAGCUUACUGGCCCAGACCACAGCUCUGCUGGACCGACGGUGUGUGUCACGGUACGUUCACCCGACAGGAACCAGCCGUGUGACUGCGCCGCGAAUUUAACUUGGACCUCGUAUUGUGGACUUCUUGUUAGCUUAGCUUACCUGAAUGUAGUUUUCCCACGUAAGGUUGAGUUAAUACGCCGGACUUGACGUCGAAGCGGUCCUGCAUCGAAUAAUGUCGACUUCGGAAGACGUCGGGGAGGGGUCCAACGAGACGGAUCCAGUAGUAAGGGAAGAAGAAUCGGGAUGGGACCGCGCACGUGGGAUCCGUGACAGAGAGCACGUCGAUGCCCUUCUGGAUAUCAGCGACGAAGAGCAGGAGCCUUAUGAUGAUCAGUGCCUGUCAGCAUGGGACGUGGCUGCCCAGGGUUGGGGCAGAGUUGCUCCACUGGCUGGCAUAUUCCUGCCUCAGAGGAAAGCGAGGAAACCCAGGAAUGAGGACCCAGACUACCAUUGCCUUUUAUGUGUUGACAUCAGGCCCCCUGACCGAGACAGCUCAGCCAAGUGUCCUGAGUACCGCUGCAAGCCACUCAUGAGCCUGCAGGGGAGAGGUUUAAACAAAACCAUGCCAUCAAACCUCCCCACAAUACUCCACAGUCAACCUCCUGGGCCAGCUCCAGUAAAUGAGGCCCCAGAGUGCUCUGUCCUUCGUGCUCCACAGAACACCACCCAACAUCAUCCACUCAGAGAAAAGAUGGUAGAGGGGAAGCUCAGAGAAUCUGUCCACCUGUCUCCUCCCUUUCAGUCUCAUUAUCUGGACUCAAAAUACACCACGCUUAAGAGCAGCCCCAGUAACAUCCUCCUUUCAGUGAACAGCUGCGCUGCUUUGCCCCCAGUCAAAUCAUCUGAGCUCAAGUUCCAAGUGGUCACCGACCAGUUCUGCGGUGGUCAGGCUGCCUCAGGGCACAGUAUUGCCGGAAGAGAGAGUUCAGAGACAGACAGUGUCAUCUCCACCAGGGAGGGCGGAGGUGCUGAGAGAAGAGAGGAAACAAGAGUGGACCCUGUGGCAAACUCCGUGCUACCUAAGGACAGCUGUGGUGCAACUCUGACCUCCAAGUACUGCUCCAAGUACUGCACAUGUCAGCAAACCCGCCACCUGCUAUCCACUCUUAAUGUCCCCAGGAGGUAUGAGGUACCCCUCACCCCCACUGCUGACACAGUAUCCCGCUCCAACCUCUUCAUGGAUAGACAUCUCAAACGUUCCCUGCAGACCAGCUGUGUGUACAGCAGGCAUUCCAGACUGACCACGCCGCAGUUACCUGUUCUCUCAGUCACCAAGGUCCCUUUGUCAAUCUCUGCUCAAAGGCUUCUGUGAAGAGACAUGAGAGCUUUCCAAGAGAGAUGACUAACUGAAUAAUGAAUAACCUCACAGGGAAAUUUCACCGAUGGGUUUGUGUAUGAGCAAUCAGUACUGAUGAGUAAUGUAGUGGAUUGAAGCAAUAAAAUAAAUCGGCGUUCUCCUGCUCAGUCUUUUGCACAGUGCCUCCAUGCACCAGAAUAAGCUUCAGUAUCGUCUUCCAUAAAAUCCUCUGGGCUAGUGUUGUGGGACAUAAUUUCCGUCAUCGGAAACGCAGCUUAGCUGACAGAACAGAGAUGUGUUUUUGAACAGCAUGUUUAGAGUAGAUUAGAGUAACAAACUGCUAGGCUGUAUGUAGUUUUUCUGGAUGGCAGCUGACGUCACAAUAUGUCACUUGGCGUCCAGAAAAACACUCAGUUUCACUGCCGCUCCAGAGAUACAGAAAGAAUCAGGAACAACUGUUGGUGUUCCUGAUAUACAGAGAGGUUUGAAAAUCGGUGAAUUUUCCCUUUAACUAUGCAGCAUAUUUAAGCUUCAUGGGUCCUGAAUCCAAGUUUCAAGUUUGUUGAUUAUGUGAAUUUGUUUUAUUGUUUAUACAUCAGCCUCGGUGCAUAAUCAACAAUUUAUUCUUUCAGCUGAAUUGAAAAGUUGGACAAGGACAUAAAUGUUGACGUAAACUGAUGAGCCAAAACAUUAUGAUCACCUGUCCAAUAUACUGUUGGUCUUCCGUGUGUCGCCAAAACAGCGCCGA